CCCGGGAGCAGAGCGGUAAUAACCGGGGAUGAGGCCGGACCUGGAGGGUGAGCCGAGGCUGCCGCUGCCUCCGCUGGGCGGCCGGGGAUGCACCGGGGAUCAUGGUGUCAGCAACUUGUUCGUGGAGAAGGAGGUUCUGAGGGUCCAGAAUGGGCAUCUGUACAGCCAGGAGCAGGUACAUGGAGGGCAGUGUGGUGAUGGCACUGUGUAUACGAUUCCCUGCUUGAACAAUGGUCCCUAAAACAACUGGGGUGUUUUAACCUGUGAAUGUGUCAGUCACAUGGGUGAUACAGAGGCAAAUAGCCAAGAUGUGCAGUGAAGGAGCAGAAAUAGAGAAAAAGCUUGACAGGAAGAUGAAAGGCAGAACAGACAAGCCAAAAGUGGACCCCAACAUUGAUGGGGGAUGGGCAUGGAUGGUUGUACUGUCCUCAUUCCUUGUCCACCUUUUGGUUAUGGGAUCCCAGAUGGCACUUGGAAUACUUAACAUGGAGUGGCUUGAAGAGUUCAAUCAAAGCAGAGGUCUGACAGCAUGGGUCAGCUCCCUAACAAUGGGCAUUACUCUGAUUGUAGGUCCAUUUAUUGGCUUGUUCAUUAACACAUGUGGAUGUCGGAAAACUGCAAUAAUUGGGGGGUUCCUCACGUCUCUCGGCUGGGUACUAAGCGCAUUUGCCACCAAUGUGCACUUCCUAUUCUUUACAUUUGGGGUGACAGCAGGUAUUGGAAGUGGAAUGGUAUAUCUACCUGCGGUGGUGAUGGUGGGUCAGUAUUUUCAAAAGCGCCGUGCUCUAGCACAAGGACUUGGUACCACAGGUACUGGGUUUGGGACAUUCCUUAUCACCGUGCUCUUGAAGUACUUGUGUGCAGAGUUUGGCUGGAGAAAUGCCAUGAUAAUUCAGGGAGCAGUCACCCUCAACCUGUGUGUAUGUGGAGCGCUCAUGAGGCCUCUAGAGUCCAGAGUGCAAUGCAGUGUGGAGACCACAAGUGAUCACCAAGAGAAGAAGGAAGCCUCACUGCUAGAUGCUGUGAAACCCAAUGACGAGGAUGGAGAGUGCAGAACGGAUACUGCAGCUUCAUGGGGCAAGGAGGACACAAAUCACGAGAUGGUCAUAAAGAAGACAAGCAGACUUGGAAUCCUGAAGUCCUUGACUCGAAUAACUGUGUCCAUCAAGUCCGGCUUUAGGACCUGGUAUUCUAGUUACUUUGGGGCAGCCUCACUUUUCACUAACAAGGUGUUUGUAGCAUUUGUCUUAUGGGCUCUGCUGGCCUACUGCAGCUUCGUCAUUCCAUUUAUACACCUCCCAGAGAUCGUGGAGCUGUACGGUAUGUCUGAACAGAACAACAUAUUUCCUUUGACCUCAGUUAUUGCUAUUGUGCAUAUUUUUGGAAAGAUUAUCUUAGGUUUUCUCGGAGACCUGUCCUGUGUCAGUGCCUGGAAUCUCUUCAUUGCUUCCAAUUUUACCUUCGGUAUCUGCAUCCUAAUUCUUCCUCUUAUGCAAAUAUAUGCCGCCCUGGCUGUGGUCUGUGCACUUAUAGGGUUCUCAAGUGGCUACUUCUCUCUCAUGCCUGUUGUGACUGAAGAUUUGGUGGGCAUCAAGCAACUGGCAAAUGCCUAUGGGAUCAUCAUUUGUGCCAAUGGGAUAUCAGCCCUUUUGGGGCCUCCAUUUGCAGGCUGGAUUUUUGACAUCACACAGAAAUACGACUACUCUUUCUAUGUGUGUGGCUUGCUUUACAUGUUGGGAAUUAUCUGUUUGCUGCUGGAGCCUUGUCUACAACCAAAGGAGAAAAAUCGUGAAAAACCAGUUGAGAACCGCGAAGUCUGAAAGUCAAGUCAGCGACUUCUAUUGUCGAUGAUGCUACUGCAAGUCAAACGGGAAAACAACGGGAAACCUACGAGACCAAUGCCCCUGAUACCUAUAGUUCUAAGAGUUGCCAUAUUAUGUCUUCUUGGUUUUAGAUGGUAUGAUGACGUAAUUGAAAUGUUCAGUGCACUUAUAAACUCUGUCUACUCAGAAACCACUUACUAUAUGCAGAUAUUCGCAGUCUUAGCCAAAUCUCAGAGAACUGUAAGAUCCUCCCUGAAUCCACAGGGAGCAGAUCACAGGGUGGAAGGACCAAUGUGGGUAUUUAUGAUUCGGAUAAGUUUGGGUGAUCCAAUGUGGGGUACAGAGAAUUACUGUUUGCAAAACUUAUUUUUCUAAGAUAAUAGGCACAUUUUUACUAAUAAGAUAUUGCCUCACUGUAUUUAUUGGCGGUUAUUAUGAAGCUCAUUCCACAAUAUAACUGGACGCCACUGCUGACUAUAUUAGACAGCUUACAAGUUCUGCUGAGCAUGUAUCGAACAGAGAUGCACAGUGGGAAAAUAACACAAAGCAUAAAUCAGCUCUUACACUGUAAACCUAAUGAUAAGUAAGUCAUUUUUCUUUAUUUAUUUUUUAUUGAUUUUGAGUUACACCAUGUCUUUUUCCCUAUUCCGAUAAUAUAUAGUGGCUUCCUUCAAAAUCAUGUUGCUUGCUCUUGGCAACUGACAGCAGUUUAUCUAUACAUUGUUGUCAGGCAUAUAACCUAACAGCUCUGUGUGACUGUGCCUAAUGUACCCUGGAAACAUCAGUGAUUAUCUUUGUAUCUGAACAGAGAAGAAAGCAUCAUGUCAGUAACAUCUCAUGUAUCCGGAUAAAAGAAAUUUCAGAAUUCUGUAAAAUCCAAAUCUUUAUUGUAAAUCCCAA